AUGUUGCCAUAUAUCAACGCACCAUUCGAGUAUGCUGCUGCAGCACUUGGAAACUCGGUCGAUGAGCUCAAGCUAGUCUUUACCUUCUAUCUGUCCUAUCCCCUAGCAGCUAUCUUAAAGAGGAUACCAGACAAGAAACCAUGGCAGAAGAACGUAUUCGUGAUAACUGUCUCCAUGUUCUACCUGGUCGGCCUCUUCAACCUAUGGAACGGUCUUCGUACCAUCCUCAUUAGCGCCGGUGGAGCAUACCUCAUAUCCUCUCGGAUCAACUCCCCAUUCAUGCCAUGGAUUGGCUUUGUGUUCUUGAUGGGACACAUGUCUAUCAAUCACAUCUACCGCCAAGCAGUAAAUGAUCCUUCCGUUUUUGACAUCACAGGAGCACAGAUGGUUCUAGUCAUGAAGCUUACCGCUUUCUGCUGGAAUGUGCAAGACGGCCGCCUGCCAGAAUCCGAUCUCUCAGACUUCCAGAAAAACCAUGCAAUCCGAACUAUGCCAAAUAUUCUGGACUACAUGGGCUACGUCUUUUUCUUCCCAGCAAUGAUGGCAGGUCCCGCCUUCGACUACGCUGAUUAUAGCGAGUACAUCACAACUACCAUGUUCACCCUGCCACCCGGUGUUGAUCCUGCCAAAGCACCUCCUACGCGCAAGAAGCGCAAGAUUCCCCGCAGUGGGCUACCAGCUAUUAUCAAAGGUGUUUAUGGAACACUUUGGCUGAUAGCUUUCCUCAAGUUCUCUGCGUUGUACUAUCCAAGCUACUUCUUAGGUGAUGAGUACAUGACGUACAACUUUUUCCGUCGAGUUUGGCAGCUAUACAUGCUUGGGCUUACAGUGCGUAUGAAGUACUACGCUGUAUGGAGCUUGUCUGAAGGCUCAUGCAUUCUCUCCGGCAUUGGCUACAAUGGCAUAGAUCCAGUGACAGGUCGUGCCAAGUGGGAUCGGCUCACAAAUAUCAAGCCGUUGGAGAUUGAGACCGCUCAAAAUGCUCGCGCGUAUCUUGGUUUCUGGAACAUCAACACCAACCAUUGGCUUAGGAACUACAUGUAUCUCCGUGUCACCCCCAAGGGCCAGAAACCAGGUUUCAGAGCGACUUUGGCAACGUUCGUCACGAGCGCCUUCUGGCACGGCUUUUACCCGGGGUACUAUCUUGCGUUUGUGCUUGCCUCAUUUGUUCAGACUGCUGCCAAAAACGGUCGCCGUAUGAUACGCCCUCUGUUCAUGACCCCUGACGGCAAGGACCCUCUGCCAACCAAGAAGUAUUACGAUUGGUUCACAACGAUUCUUACCCAAAUUGUCUUCACCUUCGUCGUCGUUCCGUUCAUUCUACUUGGAUUUUCCGACACACUCACAGUCUGGGCCCGUGUUUAUUUUUACGCGCUGAUUGGAGUUGCGGCCUCUUUCGCGCUUUUCUCGCGCUCACUUCCUUUCCGCAGUCAGCUCACGCGACUCCAAGCUGCUCGUGUGCCAGCGCCUGCUACCAUCGACAAGCCACAAGUCGAGAAGGCCGCACGAGAAGCGAUGACUGGGGAGAGACUACAGAGGCAAACUUCCCAAGAGAGUGGGGUUAGCCAGCGAAAGGGUCCAAUCCUCGGGAUCCCAGAUGACACGGAGGCGGAAAUUGAUGAGAUUGUGCAAGAAGUGAUGACAGAGUUUAACGAGAGGAGAAGAAGAGGAAGUAUUAUGCAGGGAUUUGAUGUGAAAAAGGCUGUCCAGGAGAAGCUGAAGCAGUUCAAGAAAGCUUGA